AACACCAGAGAAUGAAAUCCCCAAAAUGGACAUCGAUAGAAUCAAAUAAUGAGUUAAAAUUUUGUCUGUCACUCACGUCCUCUUCUGCGAGGGUCUCUCGGCGCAUAUUUGGUUAAAAAAAUCUGAAAUUUGUCUCUCACGAUCGUCACAAUGCAAUCGGCAAACAUCAAAACCCAAUCAGAGCUGGCACGUCAUGUCGGCGAACAUUGCAAUGUGCCGGCCCUGUCCGAUCUUUUUCUCACGAUAAUCACAAUGAGGUUAAUUGUUUCAGGGCGUAAUGACGAUUACGAGAAAAUCUAUUCUCUUGCGGUAAUCACAAUGAGGUUAGUUGUUUCAGGGCAUAAUUACAAUUACAAGAAAAUCGACACCUUUUUCAGGGCACUGGUAUUUAUACUCCCUUACAUUUUUACGUUUACAAACCCUUAGAUUUACAAUUACAAGCAAAUUGAUAGUAGUUUUAUAAUUUCUUACAUUCUUAAGCUUAUUAUCAUGGCGGAUAUCAUGGAGGAUAUCAUGGCUCUGUUAACCCCUGAGCUCCUGUAUUCCACUCUGUUUCUCAUCAUACUUUCCUCCCUGCUCAUCAUAGCCAGAUCAGUGAACCCCCGAAAAGGAAAAAAUGUUCCCCCUGGAAAAUUAGGGUUUCCUGUCAUCGGUGAAACGAUUGGAUACCUGAAAGCUCGCAAGGCAAACAAAGGUAAAGAAUGGAUAGAGAAAAAGGUUAAAAAAUACGGCCCUGUGUUCAAAACAUCUUUAAUGGGGUGCCCUACAGUCGUCCUCACCGGCCAAGCCGGAAACCGCUUCCUUUUCAUGAACGACUACAGCAACAUAUUCACAAAGCACUCGACUCGGUCGGUCACAAAGAUCUUCGGUCGCACCAGUUUACUGGAACUCCCGGUGGAAGAGCACAAGCGUAUCAGAUCCGCCAUUAUGUCCUUCCUUAAGCCCGAGGCCCUCCAAAAAUUCGCUGCGAAAAUGGAUUCUGUCAUUAGACGGCAUUUUGCAGAGUGCUGGGAAGGAAAAGAGAGCGUCAAUGUGUGGCCGUUGAUGAAGAGUCUCACUUUCCAAGUGGCCGCUGAUUUGCUCUUCGGUUUGACGGACCGUCAAGAGACGGAGAUUCUGGGCCAGGAAUUUGCAAAAGCUGUAAAGGGACUUUGGGCUCUGCCCAUUGAUGUGCCCGGGACGAGCUUUCGCACGUGCUUAAAGGCGCGGGCUAAUAUUUGUGCCACGUUGAAGUCCUUGCUGGAAGAAAAGAGAAGGGAUGUGGCCCAACGUGGCGCAUCGCCUCGCCAGGAUUUGAUGACGUGGCUGCUGACUAUGCGAGAUGAGAAUGGCAAAACCUUGACUGAGGAGGAGAUCAUUGAUAACAUGAUUGUGCUUAUGAUUGCUGGGCAUGAUACCACAGCUAUCCUUUUAACACAUCUAGUGAGAACUUUGGCACUCAACCCCCAUGUCCACCAAAGAAUUCUUAAAGAGCACAAGGAGAUUCUACAAGGAAAACAACCUAAUGAACCUCUUUGUUGGGAAGACAUUCAAAAAAUGAAGUAUUCAUGGAAGGUAGCACAAGAAACAUUGCGUUUGACACCUCCUGUAUUUGGAGGAUUUAGAACAACAAUUAAAGAUUUAGAAUAUGAAGGGUUUACAAUCCCCAAAGGUUGGCAGUUAUAUUGGGUGACUAGUCCUACACAUAGGAGUGAGGAAGUUUUUAAAGAUGCAGACAAGUUUGAUCCUUCACAUUUUGAGAGCCAACUUUCACCCUACAAUUUUAUAUCUUUUGGAGCAGGACCUUGUGUUUGUCCAGGAUAUGAUUUUGCAAAGAUGGAAUCGAUAAUUUUUUUAUACCAUUUAAUAUCAAAAUAUAAUUGGUCACUGAUGAUUCCAGAUGAAAAAAUAACAUGUGACCCUUUGCCAAUUCCUGUAAUGGAAUUGCCAAUCAAACUUCAAAGUCUAACUACAAGUGAAUAACUAUACUUGUAUAUGCACAUAGUUUGCAUAUAUUAUAUUAAUGUAUUAUUUUAUAUAAGAACACGAGUUCCAUUA